ACUGGUAUGCUGGCCAGCGAGCAUGCUUUAUUCACACGGAGGAAGAGGGGGUGAAAGUUCAUAAUGGUUUGCACAUAUCAGGUGACAAUGCUGUGGAAAAGUUGGUCAGCGUCUGUGGUUUAGCCUAACCAACAGAGACAUUUAAGAAAAUGACCAGCAUCAGCGAGGGGGUUUCGAAGUACACAGAGGUCGAAGACGAAGAAACAUUGGCGAUUGGUUAUUACGAUGACGACGACGACGACUUUGAUACAUUCACAGACGGGAAUCUGGACUGUAGCUGCGAAGACGGAGGUGGUUUCAGUGACCCCCUCAGUGGGGAGGUGAAGCCCAGGAUACUCCUCAUGGGUCUAAGGCGUAGCGGCAAGUCUUCCAUCCAAAAAGUGGUGUUCCACAAGAUGUCCCCCAACGAGACCUUGUUUCUGGAGAGCACCAAUAAGAUCUGCAGAGAGGACGUGUCCAACAGUUCCUUCGUCAGCUUCCAGAUUUGGGACUUCCCUGGACAGAUCGACUUCUUUGACCCCACCUUUGACUACGAGAUGAUCUUCAGAGGAACAGGGGCCCUUAUCUUCGUCAUCGACUCACAGGAUGACUAUGUGGAGGCGCUGAGUCGGCUCCACCUCACAGUAACCAGGGCCUACAAGGUCAACCCAGAAAUCAACUUUGAGGUGUUUAUCCACAAGGUGGAUGGGCUGUCGGACGACGCUAAGAUCGAGAAGCAGAGGGACAUACACAAACGGGCCAAUGACGACCUGGCUGACGCUGGCUUGGAGAAGAUACAUCUAAGUCUUUACCUGACCAGCAUCUAUGACCACUCCAUAUUUGAGGCCUUCAGCAAAGUGGUGCAGAAACUCAUCCCUCAGCUGCCCACUCUUGAGAACUUGCUCAAUAUCUUCAUAUCUAACUCGGGCAUAGAGAAGGCAUUUCUGUUUGACGUGGUCAGUAAGAUCUACAUCGCCACAGACAGCAGUCCGGUGGACAUGCAGACCUACGAGCUGUGCUGCGACAUGAUCGAUGUGGUCAUAGACAUCUCCUGCAUCUACGGGCUGACGGAGGAAGAGGCAGGUCAGCCCUAUGAUAAAGAGUCCAUGGCCAUCAUCCACCUGAACAACACCACCGUCAUGUACCUGAAGGAGGUCACCAAGUUCCUGGCUCUGGUCUGCUUCCUCCGAGAGGAGAGCUUUGAGAGGAAAGGACUAAUUGACUACAACUUUCACUGUUUUAAGAAUGCUAUUCAGGAGGUGUUUGAUGUACGAGUGAAGGUGCAGAAAAACAGAAAGCUACUCAGCCAGAGGAGGUGGAGCAAACAGGCCUCAAUUGAGUCCUCAGCAGCCACCACUGAACGCCGCCCCAUUGGUGGCAUCACAUGUCAAUCAACCAUCAACAUAAAAUAAAGAGGAGGUGAUAUGUGAAGGGCUGUAUGGCCCCAAACACACUCAGGUUGUACAACUGCUGUACAACACAUUUGGCACAACGUUUGUGAUACAACAGAGAGUUUUUUUUUAAACACAAUAGUAAACAUUUUUGUGCAAGUGCAGGUCUUCACGACUGUGCAACAAUCACUAAUGGUUGCAUUUCAACCAUACAAACCAGCAGAUAUAGGAUCUUAAUUUGAUCACUCUCUUUUGUUGCUGAGAACAUGAUAAUUCACAUUUCCUGUUACAGAAAGAUUACUUUCCUGCUGUAGCAAACUGCCUCAAAUUAAGAUCUUACAUCUGUAUAACUUGGGCCAGAAGUUUUUGUCUAAUCAUACAAGACCUGACCCGGAAAUAUAUAUAUAUAUAUA